ACUAUAAGGAUUAAACAGUUAAAAAACAAAGGAUAAUUUUCUUAAAACUCCAACUCAACUUUCAAAAUAUCUACUCAGUCCCUCUCAUAAAAAAAAAAAAUUGAAAAAUUCCAAUUGCACUUUAACUCCACUUUUCGAUUCUCGACGAUCACCAUAGUCUAUACUCUAGGUUUCAUUUCCCAAAAUCAGCACCUUGGUUCGGGGAUUUCAAAAGCCAUUUCAGAAAAAGAGUGCAUAUAAAUUAUAAAGCUUUAGGUAGUAUUCUCCUAGUACUACAACUCUACACCCCCUGAAACACACAGAGCAAUUUCCUUUCUCUUCAUCUGUUCCCUGCUUCUUUCUCUACACUACACUAGUUAGAGUGCCGAAAGUUUGUUUUGUUCAAUGGGAGUUAAAGACAUAGAAUCGCCGGUGAUAGGAAUCGAUCUUGGGACCACUUACUCAUGCUUAGGAGUUUGGAACCAUAAUCGUGUUGAAAUUAUCACCAAUGAUCAGGGUAACAGAACGACGCCGUCUUGGGUCGCUUUCACUGAUACCGAACGCCUUAUUGGUGAAGCUGCACAAAACCAACUUUCCAGAAACCCUACGAACACUAUCUUUGAUGCAAAGAGGCUUCUUGGUAGAAGAUUUGAUGAUGAAAGUGUACAGAAUGACAUGAAACUAUGGCCUUUUAAGGUCGUUGCUGGUCCUGAUAGUGGUGAAGCAAUAAAGCCACUUAUUGCAGUUACAUACAAGGGUGAAGAGAAGCAAUUUGCUGCAGAGGAGAUUUCUUCAAUGGUGCUUAUGAAGUUGAAAGAGACUGCAGAGGCCUAUCUUGGCUCAACAGUGAAAAAUGCUGUUAUCACUGUACCUGCCUAUUUCAAUGACUCUCAGCGUCAGGCAACUAAAGAUGCCGGUUCGAUUGCUGGGCUUACUGUCUUGCGUAUUAUCAAUGAGCCUACUGCUGCUGCUGUUGCUUAUGGUCUUGACAAGGAUUCUAGAACGUCUGCGAAGAAUAUCUUGGUCUUUGAUCUUGGGGGUGGGACUUUUGAUGUGUCAUUAGUCACAAUUGAGAAUGAUAUAUUUGAAGUGAGAGCAGUAGGUGGGGACACUCACCUAGGUGGGGGGGAUUUUGACAACAGAAUGGUGAGUUACUUGGUGGAGGAGUUUAGGACGAAGCACAAGAAGGACAUGAGUGGGAACCCUAGGUGUCUUGCGCGAGUAAGAGCUGCUGCUGAGAGAGCUAAAAGAACACUCUCAUCCAUUGCACAAACAACAAUCGAGAUUGAUUGCCUUCAUGAAGGAAUUGAUUUUACAUCAACCAUAACUCGUGCUCGAUUUGAUAAGCUAAAUAUGGAUUUAUUCAAAAAGUGUAUGGACCUUGUUGACCAGUGUUUGAGGGAUGCUAAGAUGGAAAGGAGUGAGGUUGAUGAUGUUGUACUUGUAGGGGGGUCAACUCGGAUUCCAAAAGUUCAACAGUUGCUGCAGGAUUUCUUUGGUGGCAAGGAGCUGUGCAGAAGCAUUAAUCCUGAUGAAGCUGUUGCUCAUGGGGCAGCCAUUCAUGGCGGGAUUUUGUGCGGUGCAGUUGAUACAUCUAGCAAAGAUAUGGUUCUUGUUGAUGUUAUCCCUCUGUCGCUUGGUGUAGAAAUUGGAUAUGGCAAUAUGUCUGUUGUUAUUCCGAGAAAUACAACCAUUCCAACAAAACAAGAGCGCGUAUAUGGAGCUAUAAAAACAAAGAAACUUAUGAGUGAAGCUACUGACUCUUCCAAUGCCUCUAUCCUGGAAAUCCCUGUCUAUGAGGGUGAGAGGCAGAAAACCCAAGACAACAAUUUCUUGGGAGUUUUUGAACUUUCAGGCAUUGGAUCAUCAGCCAAAGAUUCAACAUUGAUAAAUGUCUGCUUUGAGAUUGAUGUAAAUGGCAUUUUGAAUGUAUCAGCUGAGGACAUGAGCUCUGGGAAUCGGAAUGAAAUCACAAUUACUAACCGCAGCAGGCUGUCAAAGGAAGAGGUAGAGAAGAUGAUGAAAGAAGCCAAGGAGUUUAAGGCUCAGGACGAGGAUCAUGAGAAGAUGGUGAAAGCUAAGAACACAUUGGAGGAUUAUGCUAAUGAGAUGUGGGAAAUGUUGAAAGAUUGUGGGAAGAAUAUUGGAGCCAAGGACAAAAAGAAGAUGACAGAUGCGAUUGAGCAAACACUGCAGUGGCUAGACUGUUAUUCGGAGGAAGUUUUUGAGGCUGCCAAGUACGAGGACAAGCUAGAGGAGCUUCAGAAAAUGUGCAAGCCGAUUGUUUCUAAGAUGCAGUGAAGAGGAUAAAUCCAAGUCUUUUAGAUUUCAUAUUGAAGUAAUCACUGUUGCUUUUGAACUUUUAGAUUCCCAGAUAGAAGAAUUUACUGAAAUUUUUGAUAUUUUCAAGUUCGGGUCAUUUGGUUCAUUAUAGUAGUAUUAUAGAUUUUCAGUUAUUGUCCAUUUGUUGUUGGCUGUGGAAAAAAAUCUCUGCUUUUCUUUCAAUGCUAUAAUAUACUUAUGUCUGA